AUGCGAACAGGCCCAAGCACUAGCCAUUGGGACAAUCUGGAUGACAAAUUAAGGGGCUGUAGGAGAGCUUUACUUCAAUGGCAAAGAAACAAACAGGACCCAAAACUUGCGGAGCUGAAAAUAAAACUACUGGAGCUGCAGGGGCGGGAAGGGACAGCAGCAAGUGAAGAGGAAAAAAAGGUCCAUAAGGAGCUACAAAUACUCCUGGACAGAGACGAUACUAGAUGGAGGCAGAGGGCAAAGGAAAUGUGGCUAAAAAAUGGGGACCGUAAUACUAAGUAUUAUCACGCAUGUGCAAAUGCCAAACGACGGAAAAAUUCAAUACAUACGAUCAAGGAUGUGGAGGGGCAGAUUUGGGAGACGUCGGAGACGGUAGCCAAGGCUUUUGUUAACUAUUUCUCUGACUUGUUUACAGCAGGGCCAGAGGAGGAUAUGGAACCAUGUCUACGACACCUAACUGUGGGAGUCUCGGGGGAGAUGAAUGCUGAAUUAUUGAAGCAAUUCACAAAUGAAGAAGUAAGGGUGACAAUUUCACAAAUGGCUUCUUUUAAAGCUCCGGGCCCGGAUGGUUUCACGACAGAAUUUUUCCAAAAAAAUUGGGAAACGAUAGGAGACGAGGUAUGUAAAACAGUUAUUGAAAUUUUAAAUUCGGGAGUGAUGCCCCCUUCGUUGAAUUCGACAUAUGUGGCCCUUAUUCCUAAGACAAACAACCCUUCUUGUGUUACGGAAUUCCGUCCGAUUAGUUUAUGCAACGUGAUGUAUAAAAUUUUAUCCAAGGUCCUUGCAAACAGACUGAAGAAAGUUUUACCUUUCAUUAUUUCUCCUACCCAAAGCGCUUUUGUCCCCGGGAGGUUAAUUUCAGAUAACGUUCUCGCGGCGUAUGAGACUUUACAUACAAUGCACUCUGGGAUGAGGGGAAAAAAAGGUUUUAUGGCGGUCAAGCUCGAUAUGAGCAAGGCUUACGACCGGGUAGAAUGGAGAUUUUUGGCGGCAGCUAUGAAGGGUAUGGGCUUUGACGAGCGGUGGAUUAGAUUGAUAAUGAUGUGUGUAACCUCGACAAAGUACGCAAUUUUGGUCAAUGGUUCUCCUUGGGGCAAUAUAAUUCCUUCAAGAGGCCUAAGACAGGGAGACCCUAUAUCUCCAUAUCUGUUCCUAAUCUGUGCGGAGGCGCUAAGUGCCAUGUUGACAAAUGCCCAUUAUGAAAAGAGGCUGUCGGGUGUUCCUACCUCCCGACGAGGUCCCCUUAUUAGUCAUCUGUUUUUUGCAGAUGACAGUUUACUAUUUUGCAGGUCUACUCAAUCCCAAUGGCAGGCCAUGACGGAGAUUUUGAAGAUAUAUGAAGGGGCAUCCGGACAAAAAAUGAAUGAAAAUAAGACCUCCAUCUUUUUCAAUAAAAAUACUCCAUUGGAGGAUCGUCGACAGAUUUUGGAGUUAGCUGGAAUACCCUCCACUCAACGAUAUGAAAAAUAUUUGGGGUUACCAACACUUGUGGGGAAAUCGAGAACGGCGGCUUUUCGAAGCAUUAUUGAGCGGAUAUGGAAACGCCUCCAAGACUGGAAACUUCAGUUCCUCUCUCAAGCUGGAAAAGAGGUGUGGAGAAUGUGGGAGUCGCCGGACAGCUUUAUUGCAAAAAUUAUGAAAGCAAAGUACUUCCCAAACUGUUCUAUCCUUGAUGCCCCAAAGGGGAAACGGCCUUCUUUCGCUUGGCGGAGCAUCCAAAGCACGUGUGAUAUCGUUCGAGAGGGUCUUAUAUGGAGAGUGGGAAAUGGGGAGAAGAUUCGCAUAUGGCAAGACAAGUGGCUUCACAAUCCGAACGACUACAUGAUACAAUCCCAACCGACAGUGCUUGCCCCGACGGCUCGGGUGUGUGAACUUGUGGAUAGAGACACCAAAUGGUGGAAAACCAACCUCAUCGAACAGAUUUUUUCUCCGGCAGAAGUUAAAAUGAUUCUAGCCAUCCCCCUUAGUAGCAGAAACCAAGAAGAUUGUAUGGUGUGGAGGGGUACGGUGAAGGGGGAAUUUUCGGUUCGAAGUGCUUACCAUUUGCAAAAGAGGAAGGAGGAAGAGGGACGUGGAGAAUGCUCAAUACGCAGUUCCAGUAGAGCCGUGUGGAAGCUGAUCUGGAAAUUAAAGGUACCAAGUGUGGAACAAAAUUUUCUUUGGAAGGCUUGCCAGGAUAUAUUACCCACCAGAGAAAACCUUCACAAGCGACACAUCAUAGACGACCCAAGGUGCCCUAUAUGUGGCCUUGAGGUUGAGACGGUCUUCCAUAUUCUAUGGAGAUGCCCAUCAGCUAUGGAUGUGUGGGGUGAAGGGGAUCGUAAAUUUCAGAAAAGCUCCCUCAAUGGUCCUCAAUUUGUCCAAGUUGUGGAAAGAAUGUUCCAAGUAUGUAAUCUGGAUGAAAUGAGACUGUUCGUUGGAUUGGCAAGGCGGAUAUGGUUACGAAGAAAUGAGGUGAUACAUGGAGGUUCUUUUGCCUCUCCGAAAGAGCUGCUUAUACGUACAAGGGGGGCUCUAUUAGAUUUCCAACAAGCCAACGAGACGCCAGUUGUGCCGGGGAUACCAGCCAGGCCAGUUCAGGUGAUGACUCCUCCGAAUGGGUGGAUUAUUGCACAUUGGGACGCUUCGUUGGACACGGACAGAGGACUUAUUGGACUGGGAGUGUUACUGCGAGACCACAAAGGGAAGAUGAUUAUGGCAAGAAGUCUCACACGACGGGGUUAUCUUAGUGCUAUCGAUGCGGAGACAAUGGCAGCUAUUACUGCUGUCCAAAUCUGCCGAACCUGGGGCUUUGAUAGCACGUUGUUUGUGGGUGAUGCACAGCUGGUAGUGGAAGGAGUUCAGCAGGGGGCGCGAGGUUGGAGUAGACGGCACCCUCUUCUCGAAGACCUUCACCAUCAUCUGUGUGAAUUGUCACACUGGAAGAUAGCUUACAGUGGAAGGGAGGCCAAUCGGCCAGCACAUGAGCUUGCAAGAAUGGCAACUAAAAGUGUAAUGGAUGCUAUGUGGGUUGUUGACCCUCCUCUCUGUAUUCAGAACCUUCUGGUUCUUGAGGAAGCUAUUUUUGAUGCUUAA